CGAGUCGUGACGCGGACGCGGCCCGCACUUGGCGGGGUUUUUACGGACGGAGCAGAGGCCGGCGGGCGGGACUUUGACACGGCAACAAGAGAUCUUAAAACCGUCUGAAUCAUCAUGGUUUAGAAACCAGCUCACCAGCCGGGUGGCGUUAGACGACCUCUAGACUUUUAGGUCGAUGUGAGAUCUCUCACCAUAUCAGCUUAAAAAUCACUGGGGGCAGAAGUUAUACAAUGGAAGUUUUAACAUCAUACCCGCAUCACCAGCUUGGUGCUGACUUGGUACAACACAAUCUCUACGGGGUGGAGCCUGCCCAACCCUGCGCUAAUGAGGUCUCCAAGCAUCAAGCCCCUCAUCCCCUCGAAAAUUCCAAUAUUACUGCCAGAGAACAUGGUAGUGAAGAAGAAGUGCAUCGGAGCCAGGAGAAAGACAGUGAUGUCGGUGAGGUGUCUCAAUCAGGGGCUGCGAGCAAAAGUUCCAAAAAGAACAAAGAACGAGCUCAGAUUGAUUAUCUAUUGAGCAGUCUUCCUGCAGUCAGUAAGUUUUUCAAGGUACAUGGUAAAAUUGGAGAGGGGACCUUCAGCUCCGUUUUCUUGGCUAGUUUGAAAGAAGGUACAUUGAAACAUCAAUUUGCAAUAAAGCACUUGAUACCUACCACUCAUCCCACUCGGGCAGAGCGAGAAUUAAAAUGUUUGCAAGACAUAGGUGGUUGUGAUAAUGUGGUUGGAGUUCACUUUUGCAUGCGAUAUCAUGAUAGCAUUGCUUUCAUCAUGCCGUACUUACCACACAAAAGAUUUCAUGAAUAUGUUAUGUUGAUGGGAGUGGCUGAAACCAGAAAUUAUAUGAAGCAACUAUUGCUUGCUUUACGCCGAGUUCACUCCUUUAACAUAAUUCACAGAGAUGUUAAGCCAAGCAAUUUCCUCUAUGAUAGAGAAGCCAAGCAAUUUCUUUUGGUUGAUUUUGGUCUUUCUCAGCCUGUUGAAGAAACUUCAAAAAUGGUUUCUAUCCUCCCAGAAGAGUCACGCAAAAGGAAACGGGAAAAGGAACCUGUCGAGGAUACUAAAUUCGUGACCCAUUAUGAAAACUUUGAGAAUCCAGCCAAAAGACCGGCUCUGGCUUUGAGCAAUUCAACCAAUAUCAUCAAGACUCCAGAUAAUCCUCUUAAAAUGUCUAAUGAUGUGGAUCUUUCUAACAAGUCCAACCUCCAACAAAUGUCAAGUCGUGCUAAGAGGCUUCAAAAUAUCACCAACAAGAACUGUACAAAUACUCAGAGAACAUUUAAUGCUAUGCACUUCAAGUCACCAGUGAAGGAUGCCAUUGAAUCAUCUCAGAGCAGAAAAACUCCCCGCAAGAAUAAACAUCAUCCUAACACGGAAAAUAUUUCCCCUACCAAGUGUGAAAAUGAAAAUCAGAGAUUGGCUAGAUUUGGAGAGAACCCAACAUCAAGCAAUGAGAAGCAGGCAUUAGACUUGCGUAAAGUUAAAGUGGAAGCAGAAGAAAAGCCACCCAGCCUUGUACACAAGAUUGGUUCCAGGAGCUCACUCCAAAGAAAAAUUCUCUUUGAUGAUGUACCCGAUGAUAAUGUCAAGAAGUGUGAUUCAUUUCCUCCUCGAUUUCCUCUCAUGGCUCCUUCCAGGCAAGUGUUGAGUCAGACCUUGAAUUCCAACUCUAGGUCAGCUUUACUCAACAGCCCACUCCCCGCUGACCCUAUUACUCUUUCGCCUAAUGGUAGCAAAGAAUUCCGAACUUUGGCACCAGAAAAUACAAAGGAUGAUGUGGCUGGUUCAAGUAUUGUCAGAGUGCAGAAUUCUCAGGUCAAAUCACAACAAAUGAGUCCAGUAACGCCAAAUGAGACUCGCAUGCUUAAAGUUUUCAUGAAUGGGGAGAAAAACAAUGAAAAAGACCAUAAAAUUGUGUUUGCGAAGCCACAAGCCCCUAGUGCAAAUGGCUCUGUUCACCGUACAAACACACCAUCAUCACCCCACUGCAAUUGUGUGGGUAGGUCACAGGUGUGCACAAUAUGUCUUUCUAGAAAACCUCACAAUGCUCCAAGAGCUGGAACUCCAGGCUUCAGACCUCCAGAAGUACUUCUUCGUAGUCCUCUACAGUCCACAGCUGUUGACAUGUGGGCUGUGGGUGUCAUUCUAUUGUGUGUUUUAAGUGGCUGCUAUCCAUUCUUUCGUUCACCUGAUGAUCUCACUGCUCUCGCUGAGAUUAUGACAGUUUUUGGGACAGACAAAAUAAAGGAAACUGCAAAACGUUUGGGCCGAAUGGUUGUGUGCAGCCAACCCAGUCAGCCACUUGACCUGAAAAAACUUUGCAUUCGCAUGCGUCAGCGCAGGAAAGACAAAAGUACUGGGUCGUCUUCAUCUUCAAGCUCUGAGAAGUGCUCAAACUGCUGUCAACCCUUAGAAGAUCCAAGCAAUUGCCUGUGCUUGAAGGAACAGAUUGAUGCUCUGAAAACAGAUCCUUUGCAAGUGAAUAAUGUAGAAGAGGCAGAUGAUGUGUUCCCUGACUCCGCUUAUCAUCUUCUAGCACGCCUCUUGGAUCUUGAUGCUGAUACACGCAUUACUGCUGCUCAAGCUUUGGAACAUCCCUUUGUUGUUGGAUGAUGUUUCAGAAGUAAUACUAAGUGCAUGUUAAUGGGAAAGAAAAUUUAAAAAAAAAAACGAAAAACAUUGUUACGGGAAAAAAGUGCAUGUUGUGUAUUCCUCUGUGUGUGGGUGCAUGUUUGCACUGUAUUUUUUAUAAAAUGUAGACUAGAUACCCUGUCAUUUUAUGGUAAAUGACUUUAAUGAUUUUCCUCUUAGGUGAUCCGUUUUAAAAUUUGUGAUAUAUUAGAACCUGUGUUUUUAUUGAAGCGCAUUCCUAGCCUGAAUUGUAGUAAUGUCUAAAUUAACAUUAUUCUCUUUUAGAUAGUUCUUUUACCUUGUGGGUCACAGUUUUAGUUAAGAGGAUUUUAGGUUUGUGUUCCUUGUGCAGCUCUUAAAUGAUUUUAAAAUCUUAAUGUACAGCUUUUCCAAGCUAUUUCAAAUAAUUGAUGAUGUAAAAUGUUAUGGACUCAUGUUAAAAAUCAGAAAAAAAAAUGUGAUAAGUAUCAAUUGUUUUAUAUCAAUAAUUCUGUUUCCCUACAGAAGUUUUCAGCUGAAAAAAAAAAGAAGAAAAUUUGUUCAGCCUUAAUUGUAUGUUAGUAUUUUUAAUGAAGUAGAUUCCUAUCCAAGUGCCCUGUAGAACAGUGUUUGUUGUGAAAUAAACUUUUAAUAAAGAUUGAACAUCAAA